UCUGCCACUGUAGCCCUCCAAAUCCUACUCUAAAUUCUGGCUUUCAAUUCUGUCUCCCACUCUCCCUCUCUCUCUUCCCCACAUUACUCAGCUUCCCUCCGUUUUCUUUCAACAAAUCAAGAAAAUCUCCUGCAGAAAACAGUACAAAGUAAGAAAGAACGAAUCAGAGGAGUUGUUUAUUCUUUCUCUUGUACUGUUUGUCUUGCAUGGCAUCAGACGCUAAUAAUGCUUCAACAACCAAUGCCAAUUCCUCGACUUCAUCACCACAUCCCACACCCACCACCACCUCGUCAGGGUGCCACAGCCACCAACAUUGUCGCCACAAGGCUGCUCAUUUCCACCGCCGGCGAGGAAAGAGUGCUACUGUCUCCUUGGCCGGAGUAUUCCGCCGGAGAAGCCUCCUCUUGCGAUGCCUACUGGUGCUGCCACUCACUCUCUACUUUUCGGGUGUGAUCACAUUUACAGUGGGCCCCUUGCUUGCUAUUCUACGCCCGGCCCCACCACCUGGCUCGGUCUACCGCAGUCAUGAGGUGUUUGAGAAGCUUUGGCCCGACAUUCACUCCGAUAAUUCUUCUUCCAUUGAGUUGUCUUCUAUUUGGAGAUACAGAAGGAAAUUGGGAGAGCAGAAAUCCUGUCCAAAUGGAACUGCUCGCCAAGGAACUGAAUCUCCAACACUUGACCGGUAUUUGAUUAUUGAGGCUAAUGGUGGUCUUAAUCAGCAGCGAUCAUCGAUAUGCAGUGCAGUGGCCUUGGCUGGGCUUUUGGGAGCAACUCUAGUUAUUCCACGCCUCGAAUUUCAUAGUGUUUGGCAAGAUUCAAGUGAAUUUGCAGAUAUUUAUGAUGAAGAACAUUUCAUAUUUACCCUGAAAGAUUUUGUAACAGUAGUCCGGGAGCUACCUGAAGAAAUAAUGAAAACAUAUGAUUUUAACAUCAGCAGUAUACCAAAUAUUCGUGUCCAAGCUUGGGCUCCUGCCAGUUACUACUUAGGAGAAGUUUACCCAGUCUUGCUCAACCAGAGGGUUGUCCGCAUAUCUCCAUUUGCAAACAGGCUGUCAAUGAAUGUUCCACCUCAUAUUCAGUUUUUAAGAUGUUUGACCAAUUAUAAAGCUCUCAGAUUCUCUUCUGCCAUAUUGAAUCUUGCACAAAAAUUAGUCAAUAGAGUGACAGAGAAAAGCUCUUCCUAUGGUGGGAAGUAUGUUUCAAUUCAUCUCCGCUUUGAGGAGGACAUGGUGGCCUUCUCUUGUUGUUUAUAUGAUGGUGGAAAGUCUGAAAAAUUUGAUAUGGAUGCAAUACGAGAGAAGGGGUGGGGUAAGAAAUUCAAGAGCAGCGAUCAUGUGAUUUCACCUGGUCUUAAUCGCAUGAAUGGAAGGUGUCCUAUGACUCCUUUGGAGGUUGGGAUGAUGCUUAGAGGUAUGGGAUUUGCCAAUGACACGCCUAUUUAUUUGGCUUCAGGAAAAAUUUACCAGGCGGAUAGAAAUUUAAUGCCUCUUCGCAAGAUGUUCCCCCUAUUACAGACGAAGAACUUGCUUGCAACAGAAGACGAGCUUGCUGAGUUUCAGGGAUACUCUUCAAGGUUAGCUGCAUUGGACUAUGCUGUAUGCUUGUUUAGUGAGGUAUUUGUCAGCACUCAAGGUGGAAACUUCCCGCAUUUUCUGAUGGGUCAUAGGAGGUUCCUCUAUAAUGGCCAUGCUAAGACCAUCAAACCCAAUAAGCCCAAGCUUGCGCUUUUACUGCACAACACAAGCAUAAGAUGGGAUGCUUUUAAGAAUGAGAUGCAAUCAAUGCUUGCUGAAAUUGAUAAAAAAGGUACCGCUGUGCCCAUUGUCAAAAAAUCCAGGAGAAAGGCUUCCAUCUACUCAAACCCUUUGCCAGAAUGCAGGUGUCUAUUGGAAUCGAAGAACAUAUCCAGUGCAUUUAUGCUGAAGGCUGCUGAAUGAUGUGAAAUUGUACACUUAUAAAGCACUUUUGCAGAGUGGCUUCUCGCAUGCAGCAGACAAAGAUUAUCUGCUUUUACCAAUGAACAAAGAAAACUUUGCGGGCAUUGACUAUAAAGGUUGCUCAUGUGUACUAAAUCCCUUGAAUGCGAGCUUAGGGCUGGAUAAACUCCCUAUGGUGAUCAAUUGAUUUUUCUUUUUGCAAGGAAAGGUAGUGUAGAUGUUUGAGCAAAUUGUUUGUGUUGGGGAAGAAAAUUUUUGUAUUUUCUGGCAACUUCUGAGUAGAGGAUGUUGCAAGGAUUUUGUUAUCAGGUGAUUAUAAGGGUAUGCUGCAGAGCUGAUUUUGGCCAAUUGAGUGUUCUAUGACAAUGUUACACUUCGAGAGACAUUAUUGUUAUGUUCAAAAGCAACUGUCAUGUUACGUAUUGAAAUGUACUUUCUUCAUGCA